AUUCAGGCAAAAAUCCCUCCGUCUCCGGCGGACAAAGAAGGAAGGGGAAAACUAUGGCGUCCGUCGCCGCGCCGAGCGCCUCGCAGGCGGGGAAGCGCCCGGCCACCGGCGGGCGGGAGGGCGACCAGAUGGUCGUCACGCCGCUGGGCGCCGGCAGCGAGGUCGGCCGCUCCUGCGUCCACUUGACAUUCAAGGGCCGCACCGUCCUCUUCGACUGCGGCAUCCACCCGGCCUACUCCGGCAUGGCAGCGCUGCCCUACUUCGACGAGAUCGAUCCGUCCACUAUAGACGUCCUCCUCAUCACCCACUUUCACUUGGAUCACGCAGCCUCGCUGCCGUACUUCCUGGAGAAGACUACCUUCAAGGGCAGGGUGUUUAUGACCCAUGCCACGAAGGCUAUUUACAAGCUGCUGCUUAUGGAUUAUGUCAAAGUCAGCAAAGUUUCCGUGGAGGAUAUGCUGUAUAAUGAGAGUGACAUUGGUCGCUCUAUGGAGAAAAUUGAGGUUAUCGAUUUCCACCAGACAUUGGAAGUUAAUGGCAUACGCUUCUGGUGCUACACUGCUGGCCAUGUACUUGGUGCCGCCAUGUUCAUGGUGGAUAUUGCUGGUGUGCGCAUUCUUUACACAGGUGACUACUCCCGUGAAGAAGACCGGCACCUACGAGCUGCUGAGCUCCCGCAGUUCUCCCCAGAUAUUUGCAUUAUUGAGUCGACUUAUGGCAUACAACAACAUCAGCCCAGGAUUGUACGUGAGAAGCGCUUUACUGAGGUCAUCCACAAUACUGUUUCACAGGGGGGCCGUGUUCUUAUCCCAGCAUUUGCUCUUGGCAGAGCACAAGAACUGUUACUUAUCCUUGAUGAGUAUUGGUCCAAGCACCCAGAGCUCCAUAAGAUUCCAAUCUACUAUGCCUCCCCGCUUGCGAAGAGGUGCAUGUCUGUCUACCAGACAUACAUAAACUCCAUGAAUGACAGGAUUCGGAACCAAUUUGCGCAGUCCAAUCCCUUCAUUUUCAAGCAUAUCGAGUCCUUGAAUAGCAUUGAGAACUUUCAUGAUGUAGGUCCUUCAGUGGUGAUGGCUAGUCCAGGUGGUCUUCAGAGUGGUCUCUCUAGGCAGCUUUUUGAUAAGUGGUGCACGGAUAAGAAGAAUGCUUGUGUUAUUCCAGGCUAUGUUGUGGAGGGGACCCUUGCAAAGACCAUAAUCAACGAGCCAAGAGAAGUGACGCUAGCUAAUGGGCUCACUGCUCCUCUUCAUAUGCAGGUCCACUAUAUCUCUUUCUCAGCUCAUGCCGAUUUCCCUCAGACAAGCAACUUUUUGGAUGAACUUCGGCCACCCAACAUUAUUCUUGUACAUGGAGAAGCAAAUGAAAUGUCAAGGCUCAAACAGAAACUUAUUUCUCAGUUUGAUGGAACAAACACGAAAAUUGUCUCCCCCAAGAAUUGCCAAUCAGUGGAGAUGUAUUUCACUUGCGAGAAAAUGGCCAAGACUAUUGGCAGGCUGGCAGAAAACGUACCGGGAGGUGGAGAGUCUUCGGGUGGCUUGCUUGUGAAAAAAGGAUUCACAUAUCAGAUUAUGGCUCCUGAAGAUCUCCGAGUGUUCACACAGUUAUCUACAGCUAACAUCACUCAGCGCAUUGCAGUUCCUUAUUCUGGUUCUUUUGAAGUCAUAAAGUACAGACUGAAUCAAAUAUAUGAGAGCGUGGAGUCAGCAACUGAGGAAUCUGAUGUUCCAGCACUUAUUGUGCAUGAGCGAGUGACAGUUCGCCUAGACUCAGAAAGCUAUGUUACGCUGCAAUGGUCAUCUGAUCCCAUCAGCGACAUGGUCUCUGAUUCUGUGGUGUCUAUGAUCUUGAACAUAGGCCGUGAAGGCCCAAAAGUAGUUCCAGUUGAAGAAGCAGCGAAGACCAAGGAAGAUACGGAAAGGGUAGCACUAAAGGUAGUGUAUUCUCUUAUGGCGUCGCUUUUUGGUGACGUUAAAGUUGGAGAUGAAGGGAAAUUUGUCAUAUCUGUCGAUGGAGAUGUGGCACACUUGGAUGGGAGGAGUGGUGACGUUGAAUGUGUAAAUGGUACACUGAAAGAACGGAUCAAGACUGCUUUCCGUCGCAUACAGGGUGCUGUGAGACCAAUCCCACUUUCAGCCUCUUGAUCUGGAGGCGCAAGAUCAUGCUUUAGAACUGUCCAACAUUUUCGAGUUCAACGUUUGCCUUCAUUCAGAGAGCAGCAACUUUUUUUUAGUCAAAUGUCUUCUAGCACAGCUGUUGAAAACUCGAAAUGAUUAGUGCUGAGCCUAUGUACUCCCUCAGAAACAUAAGUUGUAACCUUUACGAAUUUCUACUAACAGUUACUAUGUGCAUUAACCUGCUUUGAUAAAUUCUUUUUUCCCUUGUUU